AUGGGCAACGCAUCGACUAAGGAACGCGCCGCCUCGCCGAACGACCAGCACCCGUCUCGGCGGCCGAACCGCAGCAACAACAACGGCGAGGGCUCGUCGUCACAUCUCGGCCGGCUAGCCACGCUGGGCGGCGGAACCGGGGGCGAGGGAUAUACGUCGCGAUCGUCGCGGUCACGGCACAACCUUGAGAAUUCGCUGUUCGGCGGGCUUGGGAGCAGUAGAGAUGUGCGCGAGCGCGACAGAGAGGCCGAGAAGGCGGCGCGUGAGCUGCGGAAGAAGGAGCGCGAGGUCGAGAGACAGAAGGAGCGCGAGAGGAGUCGGAAGGAAGAGAGUCUGGAUGGCGGUUUCUUGGUUACACAUGGAGUCUACACCGGUACGGAGGACUUCAAAGAUAAAGUUGUUCGGCAUUUGAUGAUUGAACGUCGAUUGGCCCCGUUCUUCAAAGGACUCCGCGACCACGAGGACGAUUGGACCGAUGCACAGCUCUACGCCGCCUUCCACGAACUACCGAUUCCCGGCCCGGAUGCGGAAUCCCCGAAGGAGGAGGUCGACGAGCGGGAGGAGCAGAGGUCUACAAAGGUGAUGAGUCGAACUGUGGGUUCUUCCGACAAUUUGACCGUCCCCAUCGCUUCGCGCUCGCGCGCCCAGUCUUACACCUCCGAAGGCUCGAACCGGUCCAACUCUUCGACGCCAUCGUUUGGCUUCUCGACGUCCAGAUCACGCGCGAAGACAUUGUCUAUAUCGUCGCCCAAGAACCCAACCCUAGCCAACACUGCCGGACCGCCGGAAACCAACAAUCCCUCGCGCUUCGUCGAUGGUCGGUGUAUCGAAGCAGUACUCUACAAAAACGCCGUGGAAUGUCCCAUCUGCUUCAUGUACUACCCACCGUUUCUGAACAGGACACGCUGCUGCGACCAGGACAUCUGCUCUGAAUGCUUCGUCCAGAUCAAGCGAGCGGACCCACACAUUCCCGAGAAUCACGACACGCCAGGAGAGGAGCGGCCCGAACCCAGCUCCACGUCGGAACAGCUAGUGUCGGAGCCGGCCACAUGUCCGUUCUGCAAGCAAUCGGAUUUUGGCGUGACGUACUCACCGCCUGCUUGGCGCCGCGGCAUUACGUACGUCUCGCAGCCGGGAUCGUCGACGAACAUUCCAUCCCCGUUCUCGAUCGGUGGUAACUCGUCGACGGCUUCUCUCGGCGCAUCGUCGAAUCCCGCUGGAUCGCAGCCUGCAUCGCCGCCGCUAUCACCAUCUUGGAAACGCAGAACCAUGCUGCCUCUUGGCGACCCGGGCGUGGUAACUAGCGAUGAUAUCCGCCCCGACUGGAAUAUCAAGCUGCAGGCUGCCAGGGCACAUGCCGCCAGACGCGCUGCCGCCGCGACCGCAUUGCACACUGCCGCAUUCCUUCUGGGCAACAAUGAGAAUAGCAGUCGCACUGGUGCCGGUGGUGCUGGUGGCUCCAGCGGACCAGCGGCACCCGGUGGCUAUGGGCGGCGGUUAAUACGUCGAGCGGUACGGGAGGGCUCGUAUGGUAGUGAUAACCGCGGUGGUAGCGAGAGUCCAUCACCCAACCGUAGCGGCUCGGGAACUCCACGCGAUGAGACUUCGACACGCUUCAUCACCCCGCGCGGCUCACCCAACAGUGCCGGCAUGCUCGCGGUCUCCAAUGCUGGUAGUCGCAACGAGCGUCGGAGCCGCAUCGUGGACCUAGAGGAAAUGAUGCUGAUGGAGGCUAUACGGCUGAGUCUGGCCGAGGAAGAGGAUCGGAAACGCCGCGAGGCGGAGGCCGAGGCGAAAAAGAAGAGGGAGGAGCAGCAGGCGAGUGCGCCCGCUGACGGUAAGGGGAAGAGUGUCGACCGCGGUGCGGGCUCGUCCAGCAGUAGUGCUGUAGAACACGUUGAGGAUGCGGGCGUCGUUGGCCGUGGGAUUCCUGUGCUCGGGGAGAGGGAGGAAUCUGAGGGUGCCGAAGGCAUUGGAAAGGGAGCCGUGGUUGAGGUGGGAAGAGUCGGUGCUAGCGAGGAGGCGCGGUGA